GGAAGCAUAUAGCGGAACGUCAAAGAAGAGCUCGGAUGAACCAUUUACUGGAACAAUUAGAAAUUCUUAUUUCUCCAGGAGAUAACGAUGGAUCUCCAGUAAAACUUGAGAAAGCCGAGGUCUUGGAGAGAACUGUAGAUUACAUAAAACGAUUGAAAACUGGAUCUGUAGACACUACUUCAACUUAUGUGUUUGGAUACAUGAAAUGUCUGGAUACUAUUGGCCGAUAUCUGGAUGAUGCACAUAUACCACAGUCAGUACUAUGCAAUAUCCAAUCGUACCUGCUAUCAAAUGUAAACACAAGAAACCAUUCAUCUCCCGAAACAAACAAUGAUGAAUUUUUAUAUGGUUCGAAUCAACAAACUCGGGAUGAAAAACACCAGAUGCACGAGGGAAUUGAUAAAGCUAUUUCAUCAACUGUAAUUGAAGUAUUUUGCAAAACUGAAGAUAAUGCCACCGAUAAUAUGGCUUCUGCAUCAGUUUGUUACCCAGGAAAUCAUAUCGUUAACAAUGGAGACGUUUGGAGACCGUGGUAGUGUAAUUGAUAAAUGUAUAUUCUCUUCAAGUAUACAGUUCAAAAUUGGUGCUUUCAUACAAACUUGGUGCAGCAUUUAGUGCAGUAAAUAAUUCUGUUUUUGUUAUGUUUAUUAAAAAUUUGCGAUAUC